UUGCAGAAUUCGUAUCGCUUGUAGGAUUUAUAUUUGGGAAAAAGGAAGUUUAUCUCAUUACUUCAAAUUAAACCUGGAUAGAUACAUCGCUAUCCGCCAUGGACAACCAAGGCAGACGCGUGAUCGUUUGUGAUAAUGGAACAGGGUUUGUAAAAGUUGGAAAUGCCGGCUCGAACAGCCCAUCAUUUGUAUUCCCAUCUGUUGUUGGUCGAUCUGCUGUCAAGGUCAACAAUGUUAAAAUCAAAGAUAUCAUGGUUGGAGAUGAGGCGAGUCAGUCGAGAUCUAUGUUAGAUGUAAAAUACCCAAUGGAAAAUGGUAUAGUAUGUAACUGGGAUGAUAUGCAGCUGUUGUAUGAUUAUACAUUUGGACCAAAGAAACUAAACGUUGAUACCAGAAAUACCAAAGUGCUUCUCACAGAACAACCUCAUAACGAAAUGAGUAAUAGAGAAAAAACGAUUGAGGUUAUGUUUGAGAAGUACCAGUUCCAGGGAGUUUAUAUUGCUAUUCAAGCUGUACUUGCUUUAUAUGCUCACGGGUUGAUCACUGGGGUUGUUGUAGAUUCCGGAGACGGUGUAACACAUAUUUGUCCCGUAUACGAAGGCGUGUUACAGCUUGAUCUCACACGACGUGUUGAUAUCGCUGGAAGGGAUAUCACUAAACACCUUAAAAAACUGCUCAUGUUGAGAGGCUAUGCAUUAAACAAUUUAGUUGACUUUGAGACAGUAAGAAUGAUGAAAGAGAAAUUGUGCUAUGUAGGAUAUGACAUUGAACAGGAACAAAAACUUGCCUUAGAAACUACAGCACUAGUAGAAUCUUAUAUAUUACCAGAUGGCAAAGUGAUUAGGAUGGGUGGGGAGCGAUUCGAGGCUCCAGAGGCCUUAUUUCAACCCAAUCUCAUCAAUGUAGAAGGUGACGGGGUAGCUGAAAUGUUAUUCAAAGCAAUACAGGCUGCAGAUAUUGACACUCGACCAGAAUUUUACAAGCAUAUAGUGCUAUCAGGAGGUUCCACUAUGUAUCCCGGUCUGUCGAGUCGGCUUGAGAGGGAAUUAAAACAGUUGUAUCUAGAGAGAAUCCUUAAAGGCAAUACAGAAGAACUGGAUAAAUUUGAAGUUCGUGUAGAAGAUCCACCUAGGAGAAAGCACUUGGUGUUUUUGGGAGGAGCUGUCCUUGCUGACAUCAUGAAAGACAAGGCUGAUUUCUGGAUGACACGAGAAGAAUACCAAGAAAAAGGCACCAAGGUUCUUGAAAAACUUUUGGUACAACUUACGUGAACAGACAGAUCAUUUGACAGUUGUUAUUUUGAUAUUGAACACUUCACUUUUAAAUGUAACUAGACUGUUCUAAUGAACACAAGUUUUAGUCUUGUAAAAUUCUAAAGUAGAUUGUUGGUAAAUUAUUUGGAUUUAGACAUACUGAUAUUCUUAUUUGUUGAAAUUUGAUGGGAAUGAAUAUUUCUUGUAGGAUUUCAAGAUAAACCUAUAUCAGAAAACAAAAAGACAGAUAACAAAGAGAGCUUUUUGUCUUCCCAUUCUGUCUCUUAUUCCUGUUGGUAGUCUGUCUUGAAAACGUGAGACUCGACGGUGUAUACUUACAGAGAAUUUAAGUAAUGAAGACUCACCCUUAUAUCCCUUUCAUUAUUCAAUUAUUUUUAUGUUCGUGGAUAAAUUUUGUCUUAGUCAUAAACUUAUUUGUUUAUAGGGUUCUUAAGGUAGUUCUGCACGUUUGAAAACCGGAAGUGAUGGCGUAACGUCAUUUAUCCGGAAAACGUAGAAUAAAGCCUGAAUUCGGCGUACGGAAAUGAAAUUCAAUUUAUGAAUUAAUCGAAACCUGUGAGUAAAUUUGUUACAAUGACACUGUUGCUAUAUUUCUAAAGUCAAAAUAUGCUAUUAAAACAUAUGGCACGUUAAAAAAAUCAAAAUAAUGUCUUAAAGUUAACGUGAAAUGUCCGGUUCCCUUUAAUCAUGGUCAGAUAUCUCAAAAAUAAGCAAACGGACCUAUACAUUUUAUUUCAUCAAAUUAUAGACCAUGUGUCUAUUUACAACUGUGAGAAGUUUCAUCAAAAUCUACUUUGUAGACAAAAUUCUAUUCGCGAAAAUGUUAUGAAAGUUAUGAUUUUCCCAUAAACUCCCAUUAUGAAAUAUUGCGUGAGGUCCAAAUUUUUCAAAUCAGCCUAGCAAAAAAUCAAGCACACGACCCUAUCCUUUUUAUUUGCGGAAUUUUGUAGGUAUAUCCUGAAGUUUUAAAAAACUGGAGUUUAAUCAAAUUUUACAUUGUAGAAAAAAUUUUGAUCCAAAUGUGCAGAACUACCUUAAUGUGUAAAACAUGUUAAUGAAAGAAUUUGUGUAUUUCAUAACAGUGAUAUGUUGUUCGAAACUGAUAUAGUUUCAUAAAAUAACCAUUUGUUAGGUUUUCCCCGAAUUGCUAAAAUAUAAUUACGGUAAUAUUACACGGAAAUGUUUGAAACAGGCUUUUUCACUGGUUGCAAGGCCAUUUAGGUAAAAUUUUAUCAAAACUA